UGUGGGGCACCAUGAUGCUUCUGUCGGCCGUAUGAUGAGGAGGGAAAGUUGGCUUUGGAGCGCUGGGAGCCUGAGAAGCCGCUGAGAACCCAGCGCACCCUGCCUGACCACUGGCCAGCCCACAACACAAUGAACAAACUGACCUUCCAUAACAACAAAGUCAUGCAGGACCGCCGCAGAGUGUGUAUUUUCCUCCCCAAUGACAAGUCUGUGAGCAUCAUCAUAAAUGUUAAAAUUCUGUGUCACCAGUUGCUGGUCCAGGUGUGUGACCUGCUCAGGUUAAAGGAUAGUCACCUCUUUGGUCUCAGUGUUAUACAAAAUAAUGAACAUGUAUAUAUGGAAUUGUCACAAAAGCUCUAUAAAUAUUGUCCCAAAGAAUGGAAAAAGGAGGCCAGCAAGGUACGACAAUACGAAGUCACUUGGGGCAUCGACCAGUUUGGGCCUCCCAUGAUCAUCCAUUUCCGGGUGCAGUACUAUGUAGAGAACGGGAAGCUGAUCAGUGACCGGAUUGCGAGAUACUAUUAUUACUGGCACCUAAGGAAGCAGGUGCUGCACUCUCAGUGCGUGCUCAGAGAGGAGGCCUACUUCCUGCUGGCAGCCUUUGCACUGCAGGCUGACCUCGGGAACUUCAAAAGGAAAGUGCACCAUGGAGACUACUUUGAGCCAGAGGCUUACUUCCCAGCAUGGGUGGUUUCCAAGCGGGGGAAGGACUACAUCCUGAAACACAUUCCAAACAUGCACAGAGACCAGUUUGCGCUGACAGCCUCCGAGGCAUAUCUAAAGUACAUCAAAGAGGCCGUCCGACUGGAUGACGUCGCCAUCCAUUACUACAGACUGUACAAGGAUAAAAGAGAGGUUGAAGGUUCACUGACCCUGGGACUGACCAUGCGAGGAAUACAGAUCUUUCAGAAUCUAGAAGAAGAGAAACAGUUGCUGUAUGAUUUCCCCUGGACAAAUGUUGGGAAGUUGGUGUUUGUGGGCAAGAAGUUUGAGAUUUUGCCCGAUGGCCUUCCCUCCGCCAGGAAGCUGGUCUACUACACCGGGUGCCCCACACGCUCCCGGCAUCUCCUGCAGCUGCUGAGCAACAGCCACCGGCUCUACAUGAACCUGCAGCCCGUCCUGCGCCACCUCCGCAAGCAGGAGGAGAACGAAGAGAAAAAGCAGUACCGGGAAUCCUACAUCAGUGACAACCUGGACCUUGACAUGGACCCGCUGGAAAAGCGAUCCCGGGCCAGCGGGAGCAGCGCUGGCAGCAUGAAGCACAAGCGUUUGUCCCGCCACUCCACGGCCAGCCACAGCAGCUCCCACACGUCAGGCAUCGAGACAGACACUAAGCCCCGAGACCCAGGGCCAGAGGAUGGCUGUUCAGGCAGCGCCAUGCAUCGAAAGCUGAAGACCUGUAGCUCCAUGACCAGCCACGGCAGCUCCCACACCUCAGGCGUUGAGAGUGGAGGCAAAGACCGCCUGGAAGAGGACUCGCAAGAUGAUGAAAUAGAGAUGCUGGUUGAUGACCCCAGGGACCUGGAGCCCAUGACCGAAGAGUCUCUGGAAGUCAGCCCAGAUAUGUGUAUCUACAUCACAGAAGACAUGCUCCUGUCCAGGAAGCUGAACGGGCACUCAGGGUUAAUUGUGAAAGAAAUCAGUUCUUCCACCUCCAGCUCCUCGGAAACGGUUGUCAAGCUGCGUGGACAGAGCACUGACUCUCUUCCACAGACAAUAUGUCGAAAACCAAAGACUUCCACUGAUCGGCAUAGCCUGAGCCUUGACGACAUCAGACUGUACCAGAAAGACUUCCUGCGCAUCGCAGGCCUGUGUCAGGACACUGCUCAGAGCUACACGUUCGGGUGUGGCCAUGAACUGGAUGAGAGCGGUCUCUACUGCGACAGCUGCUUGGCUCAGCAGUGUGUCAACAUGCAAGACGCUUUCCCAGUGAAGAGAGCCAGCAAGUACUUUUCUCUGGACCUCACUCACGACGAGGUCCCAGAGUUCGUUGUCUAAGCCCCGGUGGCAGCGGGCAGCCCUGCGGGCAGCUGCUGUCUGCUGGGGGCUGUGGAGUCCGAGCGUCUUCACACAUUGUUUGUGCCAUAAUUUUUUCACCCCAAACUUAGCUCUCUCUUUAUAAUAUUCGAGAUGGAAACUAAAGCCUUGGAACAAUUGCACUUUAAGUAUUAUGCAGAGGUAAAAGAAAGCCAGAAUGUAAGAGGAAGACGAGUGCCCAGAUGUUUAUGGCCCUUUGGAAGAAGUGUGCUUGCUUUCCCGCCUUACCAGACUUCCGACGGUUAGACUGCAGUGUUUGUUCAUCUCCUGUUUAUCACGUGACAGACAUUAGGUUUAUCUGUUUGCUUAUAAGUUUUUUUUAGCCACUCCCUCAUGAAGC